GGCACAUUGUUUACCUCGUUACGCGCUCUGGGCCAAUCGCCUAGGCCGAUGUCUGUGUGAUUCACGGUUUAAAGUGCUAGCUAGCUGCUUGAGUGCUUUCUCUUCUGCUGUCUCAGGAAGAAGCCGCUAGAAUUCCACAGCGGUUGCAAGCCUAGCAACUAAGACGCCGUCACCAGGAACGCCACAGAAUGGGCUGCAAACACUCAACCACCAUCAAAGUCCAACCUGUGGGACAGGCGCCCAUCAAACAGGACAACACAGGGGCCAAAGUGGGCAAAGAGGGCGCCACACAGACACCCACCCAAGGAAGGAAAGACCUGAGCCGAGAGAACACAGCGGAUGAGUACGAACUCGACGCCGAAGGAAACAAAGUUCCGAGAAAAAAGAAGUCCAGAAACGGACGUCGCUCGGCGAACAAGAGAGAGAAGAGCAACUUGAGCUCCACUCUCAGUUUGGACGAUGAGAGGUUGCUGGACGGAGAUCGGGGGUUUUCGGCGACAUCCAAAGCUUCGGCAGAUUCCGGGCUAGGAGGGGAUGGAGGAGAGGCGGACGAUUUGACGCACAUGGGGAUUAUCACUGAGUACUCCAACGUGGAGGAGGUGAGGCAAGUGGAGAAGAGCUUUGUGGAGCAGGCCGAUCUGG